AUGGGUGGUAAGGAUAUCUACACGUUGCAUGAGGAAGACCGGUUGCCACUUUCUUCUGGUGAAGGAUACCAGGGCGUUACAGCAGUCGAGUACCCCAGAGUUGAAGUCCAAAUAGCUGGUUCAUGCAAUGGAAUUCUGUGUUUAGUUGAUAUGGCUUUAGGUAUGUGUCUGUGGAACUUUUCGGAAUUAAUGAUCCCAAAGCAUCCAUUGCGGAGUAGAUCUUCUAACAUGACUGUUGGGUUUGGUUUUGACCCAAUCGCCAAUGAUUACAAGACCAUGACUAUACAUUAUGGGGCUACACUUAGACCCUAUAUCUACAGCCUUAAGUCAGGUUCUUGGUCUCCGAUCGCUCCCCCUGCUGGUAUGUUUCAUCAUCUUAGGUGUAACUCAUAUUUGAUCGAUACAACAUUGUAUUGGGUUGCAAGUGAGUCUCCAAACAAACCCCGUUGUAUCAUCAUGACAUUUGAUUUGAGCACCCAUGUUUUUGGCUCAUUUUCGAUGCCGAACCCAGCUGGGAAUUUAAACAACUUGGAGAGAUGA